UGCGAUAUCCAGAUCCCCAGUAUAUAAAGAGGCGCUGUCGGAGACAGUGAUUGGGCAUCCUCCAGUCAGCGGUCCCCAGACAAACAGUGCUGCCUCUGUUCGGGUCCCCUGCUGUUUGACUCUGAACAGUCCGGCCUACGUUGUAGUGAUAGCUAUACUAGCCCUUUUUCUCCCCAGUCUGUUUAAAUAGAGAUUUGUGUACUUUAAUUAUUUUCACCUGUGAUAUACCUUUGGCAAGGAUUACCAUGAAUUCCGCACCUCGUCACUUGAAUGUUAUUGUCAAUAUGUAAACAAGGACCGUGAUUGUAGCGUUUUUACCUUGUAACAUCUCAUCAUGGACACAGGUCGUAUAAUUCUUGUCAUAAUUCCUGUUGUUUAAGACUCACGGAAUGGGGUUUGAUGUGGAUGCUUUUGUGUCCACUGUUGGCGAGGAGUUGCGCUGUGAGAUAUGCCGCGGGGUGCUAGAUAACCCGCUACGGACCGCGUGCAGCCAUGUCUUCUGUUCGGGGUGCAUCCUUCCCUGGGUGGUCAGUACCGGGCGUUGCCCCAGGGGCUGUCAGCGCCUGACCCCCGAGGAUCUCGGUAACGAGUUAGAAUUACGAGACUGCAUACUGAAUCUGAGCGUUCACUGUGAGUACAGGGACAGAGGCUGUAAGAGGUUAGUCCGUCUGAGGGAGAUGGGGGUACACAGGGCGGACUGUGACCACAGGCCCGUGCCCUGCAAAAACGACGGCUGCAAACUGGUCCUCAGCUCCAGGGAGAUGGAGAAACACGUGACCGGGGACUGCCCAUAUAAGGAAGUGGGGGUCUGCCCCAAGGGUUGUAGCCUGGUCUUGUUACAGAGUACCGUGGGCUCCCACGACUGUGUGUCCGCCCUCAGGGCCUACAUCGCCGGGCAGGAGAACAGGAUCAACACAAUGGAGACGGAGCUACAGAGGGCUGGGAUGAUGGCCUCCAAGAGAGAACGGGAGCUGGUGAAUCAAAUCACUCUACUCCAGAACGAAAAUCAACUGCAGUCUCUGGAAUUUCAACGGAAGUUGAGUGAAAUUUCAACCAAGUUGAAAAAGAGCAGUAACAAAUGCGCUGAUGUUUCAACGAACACGGACGAUGCUGUUUGGCGGGCUCUGACCGUGACACUGCAGAGACAGGGCGGUGCCCUGGGCUUCAACAUCAUGGGCGGAUUCACGCCGGAACCCAACAACAAUGAGACAGAGAAACGUGGCGAGAUGGCGGGAGGGGUGGAGGUUUCCAGGGUAACGGAGAACAGCCCCGCAGAAAAGAAUGGACUCAAGAUCCAUGACAUCAUCACUCAGGUAAAUGGUCAGGAUCUGUCACAAGCCAGUCACGAGGAGGCCGUAGAAGCGUUCCGCGCGGCUGCUGAGCCAAUCACAGUGGAGGUUCUACGACGCGUCAGCAAGACGAAGAUGAAGAACACGCCCCCAGCAAUGGUGUCCACAUCUACCCAGACAGAGGAGGAGCUGUACAGCCGACCCCCCACCCCGCCAUUCUUCACCUACCCCCCAGGGUUGUACGAGGCCGGGACCCGCCGCCCCAUGGCUUUCUCCCCGAGUACAGACAUGGGUCUCACCGACAUAGAGAUGGCCCACAACAUGGAUUAUGACGACCCUUACUUUGACGACAGAGUAGGAUACGAAAUGGAGUAUGAGGAAGUGAUCCUUCACCGAUCGGUGGAGCACCAGAAGUUAGGACUGACCUUGUGUUAUGGUUCCCUAGAAGACGAGACGACAGACAUAUUUAUUAGUGAGGUUGAGGCUCACAGUAUAGCUGCUCAGGAUGGACGGAUCAGGGAGGGGGACCAAGUUCUCCAGGUGAAUGGGGUGGAUGUUCGGAGCAGGGACCAGGCGAUUCAGCUGUUCUCAGACCGAGGGGCAGACAUCAGGCUUCUGUUGGCCAGACCACACCUCCAGCUGGAUGAUGGGUUCAUGGAAGACCAGAAUGUGAGUCUGGAUGAUUUACACAUGGACAUCCUAGAGAAGCAUCACCGUGACAACAUGCAAAUCAUGGCGUCCAUGUUGGCUCGGGGUCACAUGGAGGAGGAAGGGGGAACCACCGACACGGCCACCACCGAGAACUCGCUCCACAAACACGAGAAAGACAGUGGGGUGGGGCGCACGGACGAAAGCACGCGCAACGACGAGAGCUCGGAGCAGGAUCCAGACACAGAGUGCACUAAUUCUCCGGCCGCGACGUCCAAGUUCCGACGGAAGAAGCCGAACUACAGUGAUGACAGUGUGUUGUCUAAUGAAGUGACCGAUGUCACGGACUACAGCAACGAGUGUGACAGUUUCCGGGCUCACUUAGAGAGCAGGUGUGCUAACGAGAUGGAGGGCUCGCCGCACAAAAACUCAAAGAGAAAGGACUCAGUGAGCAGUAUUGAGCGAGAACUCGCCCUUCUGAACAAAGAAAUGGAAACUAUUCACAUGGAAUGUCAGGAAAUGUGUGACAAACACACAAAGGACCUAGGCAAGAAUCAGCUUCAGCGUGAAGCUUUGACAAUUAAAAGUCCAAGAAUUGUACCCAGAAUGGGAACAAGGCUAGAAUAUUUAAAAUAUGUGCAAUUAUAUGACAACCCAAAUUCUUUGGAUCGUCGCGACACCUUACCCAAACAGGUUUCUCAGCAGACGAAGACAGCGUGUGACAAAGACGCAUCUACCACAACAAGUGCUUACAACACGGGAGAGAGCUGUCGCAGCACGCCACUGACUCUAGAACUGAAUCAGGCUUCAGACGAAGGCGACUUCAAGAACUCCAUGCUGUGUCUGGCUCCCUCCAACACAAACGUCUCCGCGCUGAGUGACACCGAGAAACAGACACAGACCCCGUGCGGUCAGAACGAGGGGUCCAGUGAUGAGUACGCUAGCAUCGGGCCAGGGCUCGAGGCAUCCGCAAGUCUCCGCAAACAGAACUGUAUGGGCGAGUCCCUUCAGGACCUGUACAUGCAGUACGCCGACGUUAUGUACACCAACCAGGCCAACCUACAACACACCAUAGCCAUCCAGCAGAAACUGUUCCAGCAACAAAUCGAGCAGAACCCAAUGAGGAGCAGAAAGAACAAUGGCGUCUCCCAGCAGCCUCCAUCUUCUGGUGCUAGCUCGGUCAGUGGUCAGGUGGAGAAUAAAUCCAGAGACAGUCCGAAUGUCUCUAGAGACAGCCCCAAUAUUACCAGAGACAGCCCAAAUGCCACACCUCCAGACAGUAGCGGUCAAAUGGAGUGGGUGGUGAAACGUCGGCCAGAUGGUACACGCUACAUUACACGCCGUCCAAUGAAAAGUAAGCUUCUGAAAGAGAGAGCAAAGAAAAUCUCAGAGGAACGUUGUGGAAUGACCACAGAUGAUGAUGCAAUGAGUGAACUGAAAUUCGGACGUUAUUGGUCAAAGGAGGAGCGUAAAAAGCAUAUAGAAAAGGCACGCGACCAUAAGCGAAAACGCGAGUGCAUGAUGAAAGCUAAAAUGGAGACACUUAAAGAAGCUGAGGAAAAGAAAGAAAUAAACAUUGUGGAACUCAGUCAUCGAAAGAUGAUGAAACAUAAAAACAAGAAAGUGUUAGACAAUUUUGUGACUGUGCAGGAGAUGCUGGCUCACGGAAGUCGAGUGACAGAUGGGAAAACGUACAACCCGCUGCUGUCCGUGACGACAGUUUGAUUCUGUCCGCGCUGUAGUAAGCGAGGAUUAUUUGUGAUAUACAACAUAAACUGAUGUGAUGUUUUAGAAAGAGAUAUUUAUGUAUUUUAAAUCAUGUUCCAUGAAGACUUCUGUUUUCAGUGAAUAUUUUUUGUUUUGUUUCUGCAGUGAAUGUUGACUUGGCUGUGAGAUUUAAUUAUCUGUUGUGGAUGUAUGUAAGAGAUGAUUAUUGUUAUAAAGUCUGCAGGUUGCAUAUUGCAGCUAUAAACACAAGUGCUUUAAGUCAUAAUGCUGUCAUCCUUCAUGUGAUAUGUAUGUAGCUGUACACCAGGCCUGCUCUGGUUGAUCACUUUGUUAUUGUCAGGGGUAUGCAGCAGGGAUCCCUCCUUACUCCACAAUUCUUCAUGUUUUAUAUUCAUUAUUUGUAAAGUUUCAUAACAGUUAAAUUAUUCUGUUAAGAUUUGACAAUGUCCUGUACUAAAAGUCUGAGGAACAUUGCAAUGAAACUGUACAUCAUAUUACACAUAAAGGGAUUAUGAGUUGUAAAUUGCAAUGUAGAUAUACAUAUAUUUAUCAAGGAGCUGUAUUGGUGACAAGCUAGUGUUUGUUGAACCAUAGAAGGAAUUCCAAUUCUCACUGUCUGAUAGUCCCCACUAAUGAAGAUUCUGCCUUUAUUUCUGUCUAAAGAAAGGCAUUUUUGGUGAAUUGUAAUUUUCAUUUGCCAGAGAAUUCCAAUGUUUUAAAGUAAAAAGCAUUUAUUUUAAUUUAAGUUUAAGAAUUCCAAAAGAGGUAAAAUCUGAGCGUAUAGACUCUAGUAUGAGGUAUUUGUCUAUACCAGUGAUCAGGUGGUCAUGUUGUCAUAGUAACUGUGUGUUGACAUGGUAACUAUGUUGAGAUGGUAACAGUAUGUUGGCAUGAUAACUGUAUGUUGACAUGGUAACUAUAUGUUGACACAGUAACUAUAUGUUCAAACAGUAACUAUAUGUUGACAGGUCACGUUCUGUCCAAUCUUGUGCUUCAUUAUUCUGUUUCUGACUUCAGUGAUACACAAUUAAUUCAUGUCAAAUAAAUUAUUGUUUUAUAAACACUAUCAA